CCAUCAGUGCCAGUCUCUCUCAGGACCCGACAGGCGUCGCAUCCCGACGCGUGUCCUCGCGUACGCUUACAGAGGCGCCCUCAUUCGCGCCGUUCGUCCGCCUCGGGAUUCGAACUACCGCUCUGAAACCUGGAUAGAAAAAAAAAAAAAAGCAUAGAUUACAAUAUAAGGCCAUGUAAAUAAGGGCGCCCUCUUGUGACAUCCACCUCGUUAAAUAAAGAGACAAAAAAAAAAAAAUAUAUAUCACAUAUGGCCAGACUUUUGUUGUACCUUCCGGGGUAAAACACUUUAUUUGUUAUUUUUAUUUCCCCGGCAUCGUUAUUAUUUUUUCUUUUUGGCGAAGUGUCGCGUCGGUCCGUGUAAAUAAAAGAAGACCCGUUUUUAAAGCAUUGUAUGGGAACUGGGAAUUCUCUGCGAAUGCCUGUCGGUUGAAUCAUCAACCCUUCGGGAUUGACAUGGUUGAAAAGGCUGUUUCUGUGAUGAUCUGAAUCCCCCCAACCACGAAAAUUCUCUCUCGUCAUCAGUUCCGAUGGAUUAAAUUGAUGACGAUGUAGGCAUUUCUACGCCACGCAGCCUGGCUGGGGGACGUCUCAGAAGAGAGAAAAUUAAAAUUCUUCGCUGUCUCUCACUUUAUCUCUCUCUCUCUUUUUCUCCCUCUCUCAUUGUCUCUCUCUCUCUCUCUCUCUCUACAUCACUCUCGUUGAAAUGUCAUGAUCAGGCGUUCAUUAUCUGAUGAGGAAAGCCGCCUGCGUUGACAGAACAGAGAGGGAUGAACUAGUUCAAGGAAACUGAAGAGGAAGGGUACCAAUAUCCGGCCCUGUGAAGAAAUGGUAACCUUCUAUGCUUUUACGGGAGGAAGUCAAGAAUUCUUAUUCGUUUAGGGGAAGAAGAAGAUGGGCCCUUUUAGUAUGGAACAAGCAACCACAGGGACUAUUGACUCGAAAUUCAAGAAGCCCAGGGAAAUACAGAAAGAAGAGAUCUCGCAUAUUAAAGUCUGAGCUGUGUGUAUGAAGGACGUACAGAUGUGAAGGAACAGAGGAAUGUGAUGAAAAUUAUUUGGGAAGAAAGGGAAAUUCUCUAGAAAAAACUUAUAUUAUCUAGAAAAAACCGAAAUUGUCUAGAAAAAAAGGGAAAUUGUCUAGAAAAAAGGGAAAUUGUCUAGGAAAAACGGAAAUUUUAUAAAAUAAACGGAAAUUGUAUAGAAAAAAACGGAAAUUGUCUAGAAAAAAACUGAAAUUGUCUAGAAAAAAGGGGAAAUUUUCUAUAAAAAAAACUGAAAUUGUCUAGAAAAAAGGGGAAAUUGUCUAGAAAAAAACUGAAAUUGUCUAGAAAUAAAUGGAAAUUGUCUAGAAAAAAGGGAUAUUUUCUAGAAACAUGGUAAUUGUCUAGAAGAACAGAAAUUGUCUAGAAAAAAGAAAACUUGUCUAGAAACAUGGAAAUUGUCUAGAAAAAAGGAAAACUAUCUAGAACCAUGGAAAUUGUCUAGAAAAAAUGAAAAUUAUCUAAAAAAUUUGAAAUUGUCUAGAAAUAAGCGGCAAUUAUAUAGAAAUAAAUGGAAAUUGUUUAGAAAAUAAAGUGAUAUUGUCCAGAAAAAAAGGGAAAUUGUCAAGAAAAAUAUACAUUGUCUAGAGAAUACAGAAAUCUUUCACGGGAAUUUAUUUUCGCGUCGCCUUGGAAUUCCUGUGAUUUAGUGUAGAGGGGAGAUAAGAAAAUAUUGUUGCCAAUUAACUUAUCCACUUCAAAAUUAUUGUCAAACUGUUUCAGAGAAUAUGGUUGACAAAUAUGUGACUUAUUGACAAAUCAAUCAUCUCAGUUCGAGUGAAAAAAAAAAAAAAAAAGAAUAGUGUGAUUAGCUUAUUCACUUUGAAAUGGUUAAAGUAUCAUGUGAAGAAUAUGGUUGACAAAUAAGUGAUUUAAUGACGAAAUUAGUUACAGAUUUAUCGACGCUUUGUUAUGGUGUUACUUAUUCACCACUAAACGCCAAGAAGAUGCCCAGCGCUCAGUAGAUCCAGUUCUUAAAAGGGAAUGAAGAUUAAUCCCCAAUAAUGGAAGAGGAGAUUUAGUUUAAAUCCCCCAAGAGUAAUAAUAAAAAAUCAAUAACUAAUUCGAUGAUUUUUCCUGGAAAGAAGACGAUCUAGAACGCAGCAUGGAUGAAGUGGGCGAACUGGAACUGGAAGGCGCCCUGGAAGAAGAGGCGGCAGCGGCGGCCGUCGCUGGAAAGAGUGGCGCUCCGGGAGGAGUUCCAGGAGGAGGCGGAGGGAGUGGAGGAGUUGGGGGAGGAGUGGUACCGGGAGGAGGAGGAGGAGGAGAUGGAGGAGGGGUGGAGGGCGUGGAGGAGGGAAUCAACUCCUUUCUCUCCUUCCUGCCGAAUUACAUCCUUUGCAACGAAACUAAUUACACGAAACUUCCGCUCUGCAAUAACCAGACUGGAGAGGAAGAACCUGUUUUCGAGUACGCCGUCAUAGUGGCCAUUGUGGUUCCUAUUAUCUUCGGCAUCAUCGUCCUGGUCGGGUUUUUCGGCAACACUCUCGUCGUCAUUGUGAUCGUCGUCAACAAACAGAUGAGGUCGACCACCAAUUAUUUAAUUUUUAGCCUGGCGGUGGCGGACCUCCUCUUCAUAGUGUUCUGCGUGCCGUUCACGGCGUCGGACUACAUUCUGCCGUCAUGGCCCUUCGGUGGCAUCUGGUGCCAGACGGUGCAGUACCUGACGUACGUGACGGCCUACGCCUCCGUCUACACGCUCCUCCUCCUUUCCCUGGACAGGUUCCUGGCCGUGGUCCAUCCCAUAGCCGCCCUCACAAUUCGGACAGAGCGGAACGCGCUGUAUGCCAUCGCCACCAUCUGGAUUCUCAUCUUGACCUCCUGCAUACCCCUCUACCUGUGCCACGGGAUCCAGAAGCAGAAUUACGAGGACGAGGUCUACCUGAACUGCGCCUUCCUCGACCAGGAGUACAACCACAUGGCCUUCCACAUCGGCUUCAUCACGACCAUGUACUUCCUACCCCUGACCGUCAUAGUGGUGUUGUACCUGAUGAUCCUGAACCGCCUGUGGUACGGCGUGGUGCCCGGGGGCAGCAGGAGCGCCGAGAGUGUCAGGGGCAAGAAGAGGGUCACCCGGAUGGUCGUCAUCGUCGUCGUCACCUUCAUCGUCUGCUGGUUUCCUAUUCAGCUCGUAUUGUUGCUCAAGUCCCUCGGUAUGUACGAGAUGACGACGGUUCGUAUCAUCACGCAGAUAGGGGCUCAGGUGUUGGCCUACAUAAACUCGUGUGUCAACCCUAUUCUUUACGCUUUCCUCUCUGAUCCGUUCAGAAAAGCGUUCCGAAAAGUGAUAUCCUGCGGCCCCCAACGACGGACGAUGCUCAACGGAAGGACAGACUUCGAGAAAUCCAUCGAGUCGCGCCCACUCAACCCUAGGCCGAGCCCCCAGAUGCUCCCCCUGACGAACAUGGUCUCCUGCAGCCACCACCUCAGCCCCUCCUCCGCCAAGAUGCAGAACAACACAACCACAACGACCACCACGACCACCAGCUUCACCAACGGCGCGACCAGGGACGACCAUCAGUCCACCAACCCGCGUUCCAGCGAGAACCUGUUGCUGGAACGGGAUGGGUCGCCCUCCCCCCACCACCACCACCACCACCCGCUGGAAAACAACUGCAGCUCUGAAAGGGCCAGCGACGCUUCCAGGAGCUCCUGCGCCGUGAAUUGCGAGUAGCCCGUCGGAGAGGAAGGGCGUGAGUUGUGAAAAAUAGUGAUCGUGGAGGUGACUCCUUUCGCUGUGUGUUGGGUCUUUCAAGAAAAGACUGGAAAACGAAAUGUUUUUUUUUUCGGCUGGAUGGAUAUUUUGCGGUGGUCUCACGUCCUGGAACGUCGCCUAUAGGCCUAGUGUGAAGCCUAGGCCUUAGUGUGAAGCCUACGCUUAGUGUAAAGCCUGGGCCUAGUGUGAUGCCUAGGCCUUAGUGUGAAGCCUAUGCAUAGUGUGACGCCUAAAAGACCCAGUGUGAAACUUAGGCCUAUCGUCAUUGGACAAAACCCAAGAAUCCAUUUCAUCUUUUUUCCUUCAUUUUUGAAUAAAAUUGUCGUAAAAGAAAAAAUUUCGAAAUAUCGCUAGGACGAUUUUAAAAAACUUAAAAAAAGGCCAAAAGGACAAAAAACCAGUGCAUAUAAAUAUAUAAAUACAUAUACAUAUAUUUUUGUAAAUAGACGAAAACAAACUUAUGCUUAUAGUAUAUUGCUGACGCGAAAAAAAACUGGAAAGAUGCCAAAGUAUAUUAUAUAUAACGAAAAACAAAACAGGCUCUCGAAGGAGAAAGUAAUUUCGUUUCAUCGAAUCGUGAUUUUUAUUAAAUAUUAUGAUAAUCGUUGCUGCUGUUCGUUUUGAAAUGCAAGAUAAUAAUAAUAAUAAUAAUAAUAAUAAUUAAUAAUAAUAAUA